AUGGCGUACAAUAAUCGCAUGAGCCAACAAUUCCACGGCUCCCAGCAGCAUGGUCGGGGCCGCAAGAAGGAGGAUGAAAACGAUGCUUUGAUGCGCCUGCCCGAUAAAGAAAUUGCAGGUUGUAUUAAUGACAUUGGCAUCCCAUUCACGGCUGCCGAUCUGAUCAAGCCAAAUCCUCAGCAGGUCCAAAUGGUGUUGGAAUGGUUUGCAGAACUUCUUAUGAACACUACCCGCGAUACUGUCGAGCCGGCGAUGCGUGCUGCGGCGGAUGAUGUCUGCGGCGAUUUCCCGGACAUUGUGCCUACGGAUACACGGAACUUGAUGGGUUUCUUUGCUAAUUUGAGGAGGUUGAUGUUGGAGUGCGGCGUAAAUGACUUUACGUUCACUGAUCUGACGAAACCUACUCAUGAUCGCCUCAUCAAAAUAUUCUCAUACCUCAUUAACUUUGUCAGAUUCCGAGAGUCGCAAACAGCCGUUAUCGACGAACACUUCAACAAGACGGAGAAAACGAAACAACGGAUUGAUACCCUCUACGGGGAGAACCAGGAUAUGGAGCAACGACUUGAAGAGAUGCGCCGAAGCCUCAAGGCCAACGAAUCGGAAGUUAAGGAAAAAAUGAGACGAAACGACGAACUCAAGGUUCGCCUACGGCAGCUGGGCAUUGGCCAAGAGCAGGUCGCUGAAACUUUAGAACGAGUCAAAGCCGAGAAAGGAAGGCAGCAAACUAAGCUGAAAGAGAAGAUGGAGAGAACGGUGAAAACCCGACAAGAGGUCGAUAAGCUGCAGCCAUACGUGAUGGAAAGCCCCGCCAGCCUUCAGUCCACGCUCACCGAAUUAUCGGACAACCUUCUACGGGAGAAGGCCCAGAUUGAUGCUAUGGAGAAACGAGCCCGGGCCUUGCAGACCUCGUCAGACACGUUCACUGUCGUCAGCAAUGACGUGCAAGCAUGUGUCAAGCUCCUUGAGGAUGUUUCUGUGGAGCUACAUAAAGAGGAUGAUGAAGAGCUUCGCGCUUUGAGAAACAGGGAGGCUAUUUCGGAAAGGGGCAACAAUGUCAGGGAAGUCGAGCAGACGGAAGGCCUGCUACAGCGGCAGCUAUCCCGAUGGAAUGAAAGGAUUGAAGCGUUACGAAACAAUGCACGUGGAAAGGCGGAGGUGGCCCAGCAGCGGAUGGAGGAGCUUCGAGAGGUACAGAAAGAGCUCCGGGAAGAGCGAGGAGAGAAACAGCGCGACAUGGAGCGAAGGAGGAUCAGGAUCGAGCAAACUGAGAAAAAGAUGGCCGACUUGAAAGAAAAUAUCGAAAGCGAGGUCCAGAGUGCACAUGAUGAAUAUCUCAAGCUCGAGUCCCAUAUCAAGCUUUACGUCACAGAGAUGGAGAAGAGUUUAUAA